GGAUAAGCGAAUAUCUUGGAUAAUAAGGAGGGAUUAAGGAAAAGCCUAUUAAACAUCAAAUUAGGUUAUGAUUUUACAAAUUAAGCACCAAAACAUCAUGUUUUACAACAAAUUUGACAGAAAAAGCAGUUUAAUAUGCAGUAAUGUUAUGUAGUAAUUACUGUAUUUACGAAUUUAGCACCAAAAUAUCACGAUAUAUUGAAAACGUUGACUACAAAAAUGGCUUGGAUAAUCCAGAAAUUUGGAAAAGCAAGGCUUGGAUAAGUGAGACUCUACUUAUUUCCAACAUUUAUAUCCCGCUCUUCUCACCCGAAGGGACUCAGGGCGGCGUACACAAUUGGCAACAAUUCGAUGCCUACACAUAAUUAAAACAUGGCAAUGGAAAUCCAAUUAAAACAAUAUAAAAAUAUAAAACAUAUGGUUAAAAAUCCGUUCAUCCAAAAGUUGAAGUCCAAAACACCUAGAGGGCCGAAGUUUGCCCAGGCCUGUAUUAGAUGCUUUCAACAGACAAUUAUGCAAGCAGACUUCUUUUAAAGUAACAAGAUUGUUUAUUGAUGUAAUUUCAUGUAUUUAGAGCUACAGGCAUAUUUCUUUGUUAGGUUAAAAACUUCAAAACGUUAAGAGAGUUUGUAUCUUAAAUUUAUAAAUUUUAACAGUCUCUUUACUUCCUAAGAAAACACAAGCCUCAACAGUUUUCCAAGUUCUUAACACUGCCUCUGCAUUCUAACAGAUACAGUAAAGUCUCAUUUAUCCAGCAGAACAUUGGAUAAGCGAAAAUCUUGGAUAAUAUAGGAGUGGUCAAGAAAAAAGCCUAUUAAACAUAAAAUUACAUUAUGAUUUUACAAGUUAAGCACCAAAACAUCAUGUUUUACAAGAAAUUGAUAGAAAAAGCAGUUCAAUACACGGUAAUGUUAUGUAGUAAUUACUGUAUUUACGAAUUUAGCACCAAAACAUUACAACUUUUACUACAAAAGCAAUGACUACUAAAGGGCAGACUGCAUUAGGUAAUACAGAACAUUGGAUAAGUGAAGCUUGGAUAAGUGAAACUCUACUGUAUAUACUCAAGCUGACUCAAGGCUCAACACUAGCUUCAGGCUGACUGAAGCCUCAACUGACUUCUCUGUCAUCCUUUUAAAACCGAACAUUUUAAAAUGUCACUAAGUACUCAUAUCACCAGCAGCCCCUCCCACUGCUUUAUGUAUAUAGAGAUGAGGUAACUGCAAACUAAAUAAGACAUAUACAGUAGAGUCUCACUUAUCCAACAUAAACAGGCCAGCAAAACGUUGGAUAAGCGAAUAUGUUGGAUAACAAGGAGAGAUUAAGGAGAAGCCAAUUAAACAUCAAAUUAGGUUAUGAUUUUACAAAUUAAGCACCAAAACAUCAUGUUAUACAACAAAUUUGACAGAAAAAGUAGUACAAUAUGCAGUAAUGCUAUGUAGUAAUUACCAUAUUUACGAAUUUAGCACCAAAAUAUCACGAUGUAUUGAAAACAUUGACUACAAAAAUGCGUUGGAUAAUCCAGAAUGUUGGAUAAGUGAAUGUUGGAUAAGUGAGACUCUACUGUACUUCAGGAUAUGUCUUAGGAAACAAGAUAUGUCUCAGGAAACAGACAAACAUCAAACAGAGGAGGCUUGAGAAGGUUGCUUCCUCCAACAAUGGCUCCAUCCUAUGGAACUCUGGAAUUUGUAGCUUUGUGAGAUAUUUAGACAGCUCUGGUGUCUUGCUAAACUAUAAAUUGAAGAUUCCAUAGGAUUGUGCCAUGGCAGUUAAAGUGGUGUCAGCCUGCUAUAAGUCUGCAGCAUGGAUGGUUUCUGAAAUGCUGAGAAAUGGUUCUUUAGUGCGUGACAGGAUAGGUAAUUCCUGUGGCUCUCCAAAUGGAUGCUGGAUUGUAUCUCCCAUCAGCGCUUGCCCUUUUGGCAGAUGUAAAAGGAAUUAAUAAUAAUAAUAAUAAUAAUAAUAAUAAUAAUAAUAAUAAACUUUAUUUAUACCCUUCCAUAUCUCACCGGGAGCCUCAGUGGUGGGUUAAACUCUUGUGCUGGCUGAAUUGCGGACUUGAAAGUUGGUGGUUUGAAUCUGUGAGAUGGGGUGAGCUCCUGUCUGUCAGCCCUGCAUGAGAGAAGCCCCCUGCAGGAAGAAAUUACAAAUAAAACAAGAUGACGGAGGAAACUGGGGAUGAAAAGAAAUUCGUAGCCAAGUUUGAACUGGAAAGGGAGACAGAGCUCCGUUUCGAGGUUGAAGCUUCACAAAUUGUCCAGCUGGAGCUUAUGACAGGCAUGGCAGAGAUCUUUGGCACUGAACUGACACGCAACAAGAAAUUCACCUUUGAUGCAGGCGCAAAAGUGGCUGUGUUCACCUGGCAUGGCUGUUCAGUGCAGCUGACUGGCCGGACUGAAGUAGCCUAUGUUUCUAAAGACACUCCCAUGCUGUUGUACCUCAAUACCCACACCGCUCUGGAGCAGAUGCGAUGGCAGGCAGAGCGUGAAGAUGAAAGGGGGCCUCGGGUUAUGGUGGUGGGUCCCACAGAUGUAGGGAAGUCAACUGUCUGCCGCCUGCUCCUGAAUUAUGCUGUCCGGCUGGGCCGCCGACCCACUUUUGUGGAGUUGGAUGUAGGCCAAGGCUCGAUCUCUAUCCCAGGCACAAUGGGGGCACUCUAUAUUGAGCGACCUGCAGAUGUCGAAGAAGGAUUCUCAGUUCAGGCCCCUCUGGUCUAUCACUUUGGGUCUACAACACCUGGAACAAACAUCAAGCUCUACAACAAAAUUACAUCUCGCUUGGCUGAUGUAUUUAACCAGCGCUGCGAGGUGAACCGCCGUGCUUCAGUCAGUGGCUGUGUCAUCAAUACCUGUGGCUGGGUGAAGGGGUCUGGAUACCAGGCACUUGUUCAUGCUGCUUCCGCCUUUGAAGUUGAUGUUGUAGUGGUGCUGGAUCAAGAGCGCCUUUACAAUGAACUGAAGCGAGAUUUGCCUCAUUUUGUCCGGACAGUGCUGCUCCCCAAGUCUGGUGGAGUGGUGGAGCGUUCCAAGGACUUCCGGCGAGAGUUCCGUGAUGAGCGCAUACGUGAAUAUUUCUAUGGUUUCCGAGGGUGCUUCUACCCCCAUGCCUUUGAUGUCAAGUUCUGCGAUGUGAAGAUAUACAAGGUGGGAGCUCCCACCAUCCCGGAUUCAUGCCUGCCCCUGGGCAUGUCCCAAGAGGACAACCAGCUAAAGCUAGUACCAGUUACACCUGGCCGUGACAUGGUACACCACCUAUUAAGUGUGAGUACUGCUGAUGGCACCGAUGAGAACAUUUCUGAGACGAGUGUGGCUGGUUUCAUUGUAGUCACUGGAGUGGAUCUUGAACGGCAGGUCUUCACAGUGCUUUCACCAGCACCUCGGCCAUUGCCCAAGAACUUCUUGCUCAUCAUGGACAUUCGUUUCAUGGAUCUCAAAUAGUGCCAGCACUGGUAGGAAAUGGUCAGACUUCACCAGGCCAUUGUUAGCUCCAUUAUGAACAAAUCCAUUAAAAUUACCAAGAGGGAUAAGAAUAGUUUGAACCGUUUCAUAUGCUCCUUUCUGUUUCCCUCGGGCAUUUGAAAGAAACUCAGAACCAGAGUUAGAAUUACAAAAGAUGAAGCAGAAAUGUUCUUGGAGUGUGGCUUCAAAACUGCUAUAAUGAACAAAAGCAAUGCCUGCUAGUGACUUCUUUGAUUCACAUUAUUCCUAUAAAAUUUUGUUCCCCCUACAAUUUAAAAUGAACUGAGAUAUUUCCUAACAUUGUCAUUGUACCAUCUGAAAAUGAUCUUGUAGAGAUGGCAAAAACAUUUAUUUUUCAAAACUUCAAUAAAUUUCAAAAUAUUGAUAUUUUAA